AUGGAAAAACGAUCUUUCCACAUACACGAGGAUAAUCUCGCUUUAGACCACAUGUUGGGAGAGCAAGAGCAGGACGAGCUAGCGCGAUCGCAAUCAGAAUCACAGUCACAGACUCAACGGGCUGAAGAUGACUACGACGAACACGAACCAGAGCCUGACGACGACGACGACGCCGAUGGAGGAGCAAUAGAAGACAAAGAGAACGACGACCAUGACGAGGACGCGUCCGAGUCAUCCGAAGACGAUGAGUCAAUAGACGUGACAGUACAACAAGACAUGGAGAAACUACAGCAGACCUUCCCUCAUUUUCGAGAUGGCUAUCGCUUAAUCAAGCGCAUUGGUGAAGGUACAUUCUCAACCGUGUAUAAGGCCGAGGAUAUACGUUAUCACGACUACAUAAACAGCUGGGACAUCGACGCCGACGAGAGUCAAUGGACACCGCCACCUCUCAAAUCCUCUGCUACUCAUAACAAUUCUACCUCCCGCCCCCCUCGUCGAAGAAAGUUUGUUGCCAUCAAAAAGAUCUAUGUAACAUCCUCGCCUGCUCGCAUUCUCAACGAGCUCGAUCUCCUUCACGACCUCCGGGAAUCACCAUCUGUCUGUCCCCUUAUCACCGCACUGCGCGAAUCGGAUCAAGUCCUCAUUGUUCUUCCUUACUUUCGCCAUCAAGACUUCCGGAAAUACUAUCCAAAGAUGAAUAUUUACGACACGCGUGUAUACCUGAGAUCUCUUUUCAUGGCUCUCGCGGCUGUACAUGAGAGAGGGAUCGUCCAUCGUGACAUAAAACCGACGAACUUCCUCUAUGAUCCGGACAAGAAGCGCGGUGUGCUAGUAGAUUUCGGACUGGCCGAGCGAGAAGGCACCGAUAGCAAGCCAUGCCUCUGUCAUGAAGACCGCCAGGUUCGUAAACACCGCCUACAGCAUUCAGUGGCCUUCAAUUCGAUACAGACCGGAGCACAGCCCGGAUAUCCUAAGGUAGACACGCGACCAUCUCGCCGGGCCAACAGAGCGGGCACUCGCGGCUUCCGCGCUCCCGAAGUGCUCUUCAAAUGCACAGAGCAAACCACCAAGAUUGACAUCUGGUCCGCGGGUGUGAUCCUGCUCACGAUUCUCUGCAAACGCUUCCCCUUCUUCAACAGCGCAGACGACAUCGAGGCCAUGAUCGAAAUCGCAACCAUCUUCGGCAGCAAGCGGAUGAAACUAGCGGGGCAGCUACAUGGCUGCAUGUUCGACACGACCAUACCCACCAUCAGCAGCCAGGGUUUUUCAUUCGAGAAGAUCAUGCUGUGGAGCACCUGCAGGAGUGACGGCGGGAAGGAUGGGACCGCCAACACCCUGACCCCGGAAGAGAAGGAAGCCAUUGAGUUCCUGACGCGAUGCAUGGAUUUGGACCCCGGGAGGAGAAUAAGUGCCGAGGAGGCGCUGCAGCAUCCUUUCUUGCAGGUCGAUGAAGAGCCUGAGCCUGAGCUAGAUGCGGAGGAGGUAAUGAUGUUAUGA